ACUGAGAAGCGCGUCUCAUUUUGUUCUCAUUCAAGACUCUGGCUACAUUACUCUAUUUUAUCCGGUCUUAAGCCACAGAUCUUGUCCAUGGCAAACGGCCACCAUUAUACACCCUCCUUCAUACUUGAAAAGCAAGAUGUCGUGCUUGUAAAACCCUCCAAGCCCACACCUUCGGGUGGUCUUUCUCUCUCUAGCAUUGACAACAAUCCCAGCCUUGAGAUCCUUUGCCAAACUAUUUAUGCGUACCGCUCAAAUGCUGAUAAUCCCUCUAUUAAUAAUGAUAAUCAUGUAUUCAUAAGAGCAGUUGAUCCAGCUCUUGUGAUCAAAGAAGCCUUAUCCAAGGCUUUGGUUUAUUACUAUCCUCUGGCUGGCAUGCUAAAGAAGCACAGUGAUGGAAGACUUCAAAUCAAUUGCAGUGCAGAUGGAGUGCCAUUCUUAGUGGCAACUGCCAACUGUAGGCUCUCUUCUCUUCAUUAUCUUGAAGGGAUUGACGUUGAAGUACUCAAACAGUUUGUCUUUGAUUUCCCGUCUGAGGGUGACUCAGGUUAUCACCCUCUAGUCCUUCAAGUGACCAAAUUCUCAUGUGGGGGUUUCACAAUUGGGAUGGGCUUGUCUCACUCCGUUUGUGAUGGGUUCGGUGCAGGCCAGUUCUUCCGAGCUUUGGUUGAGUUUUCAAGUGGGAAGAGCGAUCCCUCGGUCAAACCUGUGUGGGAGAGGGAGAGACUGGUGGGAACACCUUCAGAGGAGCCUCUCCGACCCUUUGUUGAUAAGGAAACUUUGGCAACUUCACCAUAUUUGCCCACUACAGACCUCUUGCAUGCAUGCUUUCACGUAAGCAUUGAAAGCAUAAAAAGACUCAAGAUGAGUUUGCAAGAGGAAUGUGGGACAGAAAGUUUGAAUCAAAGUUUCACAACUAUUGAGGUUCUUGGGGCCUAUGUUUGGAGAUCAAGGUUUAGAGCUCUGGAUUUGAACUCCGAUGGGAAAACACAUUUCUGUCUCACCAUGGGAAUAAGGAAGCUAUUGCAUCCACCUUUGCCAGAUGGGUAUUAUGGGAAUGCUUUCGCGUCUGCGAAUGUAGUGUUAACUGGAGGGGAACUUGAUGAAAUACCACUCUCUAAGGUGGCAAAACUCAUAAAAGAAAGCAAAAAAGUUGCUUCAAAAAGCGAUUACAUCAUGAAAUCGUUAGGCAUUUUGGAAAGAAUGAGACAGCAAAAUAUGGAAAUCCCAGCUAGUGGUGCAACCAUGGUUUUGACAGAUUGGAGGCAACUGGGUUUGUUGGAAGAAGUAGAUUUCGGAUGGAAGGACCCGGUGAACAUAUUGCCAGUGCCAUGGAACAUCUUUGGGUAUGUAGAUUUGUGCAUGUUCUUGCCACCCAGCAAGGUGGAUCCUUCGAUGAAAGGUGGGGUUCGGAUUCUUGUUUCCCUUCCCAGACCUGCAAUGGCCAAGUUUGAAAAAGAGAUGGAUGCUCUCAAGCUUGGAUUAGAUGAUGGAGCAAAUCAGCAAAAAGAAAUAAAAUAUUAAUAGCUUAUCCUUAAUUAUAUAUGCUAAGCCAUAUAUAUUUUCCUUUGAGGUGAUUUUUUUUCCUGAAAAUUUUCAUCCAAGUAUUGAGAUCUGUGUUCUUUUGGGAAUAAAUAAGCUAUGGUACUGUACUAAAGUGUAAGAUCAGAUGUGUGUUUUUUUUUUGGAAAUAAAAACUGUAUUCAUUGAUCAUUUUGUAUUAGUCAUUACAACAUCUCUCCCUCUCUACAAUUCUUCUAAUGCAAUCAGGUGUAUCUUCUAUC